AUGGCCAAAGGUUCGUGCCACACAAUCCCCACAAGAAACAGCCACCGCUUCCUGUUACGGGUAAGAUUCGUGCCGCUUGAGGUUGGCCCUCUGUUGGCGACGACCGUCGUGGCUGGAUGCAAAUGCGUUGCGUAUUCUCAUGGAAGCGGCAUCAUUCUGGUUCUCAGUGUGUUGGCUGAGUACCCCGUCAUAGAGAGCGCUGCCAAGAUGUCCACGCACAUGGUUUUACUCGACAAAACCGGCUCACCGGCGCCUUCCGUGCGGACAGUGGGAUUCAACAGCGCGCCCAUCCCUACGUUCACGGAAAAAGGAGCGGCGUGCUGUGCUCCGUUGACAUCAGCUGGGAAAAAAACCUGGACACCUCCGGCUCCACCGCCGGGUCUGGGUCAUGAUCUGGCCAUCAUGCUUGGUAAACAAGACCUCACUGAUGUUUCCUUUGACGUCGGCGGGGAGAGCUUCAACGCACAUCGCUUGGUGCUCGCGGCCCGAUCGCCCGUCUUAAGAGCGCAACUCUAUGGCCCGAUGGCCGAAAGCAAGAUGACUUCGAUCACCAUCCAAGACAUGGAGGCCUCCACCUUCCGAUCUUUCCUCCAUUACAUGUAUCAUGGUUCGCUACCCGAUGCCGGCGAAAAUGAUGGUAGUCGCCAUGUUGAUAGGCGUCUGCUUGUAGCCGCUGAUUUCACGUCCACCAUGGCACAGUACCAGCAUCUGCUUGUAGCCGCUGAUAGGUAUGGGAUGGAGGAGCUGAAGAUGAUCUGUGAGGACAAGCUAUGCGGCAACGGUAUCACCAUAGACAGUGUGGUCUCAAUGUUGGAGCUCGCGGAGGACCACGUCUGCCCCAAACUCAAAGCUCGGUGCUUUGAUUUCCUUGCCGAUGGUGACAAUUUCAAGAUGGUUGCGACGUCUGGUGAGUACCUCCAUUUGAUGCAGAGUUUCCCGACCCUCUUGGUCGAAGCGCGGGAGUGGUUCAAGAUUGCACGUGAAAAAACGACCAUCAUGAAACCUCCUCCUCAGAAGAAGACUAGAGUAAACUCGAGUAUGGCUGAAUAACGAUGGAAUUAAUGGUGAUACAUAAAUGUUGGUAAUUACAAGCCUGUU